AUGGAAAUAGUUGAAGACAUUGUGAUCGUGGGGGCUGGAAUUGCUGGUCUAACCACAUCCUUGGGACUUCACAGGCUUGGAAUUCGUAGUUUAGUAUUGGAAUCAUCGGACAGAUUAAGGAUCACUGGCUUUGCAUUGUCGACAUGGAACAAUGCCUGGAAAGCCUUGGAUGCUAUUGGCAUCGGUGAAUCUCUCCGGCAUCAACAUCACCUUACGCCAAGCAUACUUUUUGCCUCUACAAAUUUAGACCAGCCAGUGUCAGAGAUAUCGUAUAAGGGCCAUGAAGUUCGUUGUCUUCAAAGGAGAUUGCUGUUGGAAACUCUAGCAAAUGAACUCCCCAGCGAUACCAUCAGGUUUUCGUCUAAAGUGGUUUCCAUUGAAGAAUCUGGCUUCCUCAAACGAGUGCACCUAUCUGAUGGAACUAUCCUCAAAACCAAGGUACUGAUUGGUUGUGAUGGAGUGAACUCAGUGGUGGCAAAAUGGCUUGGUUUCAAGAAGCCUGUUUUCACAGGUCGAUUAGCAAUUAGGGGUUACACAAAAUUCAAAGAUGGCCAUGGUUUGGGACCAAAAUUUAGGCAGUUCGUUGGCAAAGGUCUUCGAUUUGGUUUCCUCCCUUGUAAUGAUGAGGAUUUUCAUUGGUUUUUGACUUGGACUCCAUCCACCAAAGAUGAAGAAUUAGAAGACGACCCAGUUAAGCUGAAGCAAUUUGUAAUGAGCAAGCUUGAAGAUAUACCCAAUGAAAUGAAAUCUGUUGUAGAGAAAACUCAACUAGAUGCCAUUUUAUCAUCUCCAUUAAAAUACAGAAGACCUUGGGAGCUUCUAUGGGGAAAUAUCAGUAAAGGCAACGUUUGUGUAGCUGGUGAUGCCCUUCAUCCCAUGACACCAGAACUUGGCCAAGGUGGAUGUGCAGCCUUGGAAGAUGGGGUUGUUCUAGCAAGGUGUAUUGCUGAAGCAUUAUUGAAACCAGGUGGGGAAGAAACCAAUGGUAAAAUAGUUGACGAGGAAGAGGAAUACAGGAGGAUUGAAAUAGGGUUGAAAAUAUUUGCUCAAAAGAGAAGAUGGAGAAGUAUCGAUCUCAUUAGCACAUCUUAUAUGGUGGGUUACAUACAACAAAACAAUGGGACAAUUAUUAACUUCUUAAGAGAUAAUUUACUUUCCAGAUUCUUACCUGGGAUGCUAUUAAGAAAGGGUGAUUUUGACUGUGGCAAGCUUAAAUAUUAA